UGAUCCUCCGGAACGGCAGCAAACCAGCCAAGAUGCAGCCCUCGGCGCCCGCACUUGUCGCUAUUCUCGCCUUCUUCGUCGUGGUGCCCGAAGAGAGCGCGGCCCUUCGCUGCUUCCAGUGCGGCCAAUACAACGACGGCGUCGGCUCCAUCACGCCCUGCAUCAAUUACUCGGAAGAGAAAAAUCUCAAGGAGUGUCCAAGCACCGAUUCAAAUUACUGCAUCAAAUACGUGAGCGGGAGCAGCCAAGUGCGGGACUGCAUCAAGGAGUGCAAGGAGAGCAAAAUAGAAUACGGGACGUACGUUUACUGCUGCAACGAGGACGGCUGCAAUCCGGCCUCGGUGACGUCAGCCCCCGGCCUUUGGUUCUUGGCCACCGUGGCCGUCGGCCUCGCGCUGCGCCUCUAAGGCCGCUGGCCGACGCCGGCCUCGGCUCAGACGCUGCGGUUUUCGGCCCUUCGUCUCUCACCAGUCCACCCUGAGCGCUUCUAGAAGACCUCAGCUCGACGCUCGCCCACCCUCACCCCUGCCAACACCUUCACCUGCAACCACCGGCAGCCGCAGCGAAACUCAUUCUAAAAUUUUAGAUUUAGAUUUUAUGACGCGAGAAGAAUGGAUGCAAAUAUAUAUAAUAAUAUUUGAGUUAGAUCCGACAUCAGUUCCGUUUUUGACCGUUUGAGGCGCCACUUGAUUCCUAGUUAAAAGUUUUUAGAUUAAUUUUUGUCUACAUAGAUGAGUGUGAGACUUUGACGGUAUUUCAAUGUUGUGCAUUUAUGAUUUAUGUAUCGAAUUGUACUUUUCCCGCCCAAUCACACUCUGCAAAAAACUUUUUAAUUCUGUAGAUUUUCGUUCCCGACGCAAUAUUCGUUGUGAUAAACAUUCUAAAAACUCGCCCGAGGUCUGCACACAAGCGAUCUGCCCGCUUGGGUUUGUUACUCAAGAAACCCUCUGGAGAAAUGAUUAAAAAUAAAUAAAUGGUACCCGCUGUUUUUGCGAAGCAAAAAUCGGACCCAGGAACAAUUUGUACCGACGACGAGUGUCUGUAAUUUUUCAGUGUAUGCACGCAUCGCUUUGAAUAACAAAAAUUGUGUAAAAUUAUAUAUUACAACUAAACUAAAAUCGUAGCGACAGGCAUUUAACACAUAUUAAUAAAAAAAAAACACACACUCACAUACUCUGAAUGUAAUAUCAUGAUGAACCGAACGCAAAAAAAAAUGAUAUUUUGAUUUGAACGCUAUAUUUGAUAUCAAGUGUUUAGACAAUUUAAAAAAAUGGAGGAAAAUUUACACAAACACUUUUGCUCUAGGCAAUCACGUUUGCAGGGUUUGAUUUGUGUCUACGGUCGACCAUCUUUUUCAAAUUUUAAUAUACCGAGUUAAGACCGUGCGGUUUAUUGUGAAAAAAAAAUGCUUUCACCCGUGAGGAGAGUUUGGAGAAAAAUUACACUCACAAUAUAAUAAUGCAUCUCCCUAGGCAAUACUAAUCAUUGUACUAAAUAACAAGUAAAUAUAACACAAAUUAUACACAAGCAAGCGGAAUAAAAUGGGAUAAGCGGAGCAUUUCUCUGCGCUUGUAAAUAGAACUGGACGACGAUUCUUCAAUUUGCAUUCUUAUUUCACUAGCAAUUUUAUCUCUGCAUGUAUAUUUAUAUCGACUCGCUUCUCCUAACAAAAAUAAUUAAAACUAACCGAGGCAAAAUUGUCACUCACUUGUGUGUGUCGUAAAUUGAUGAAAAAUAAAGAACGAUUAAAAAUAAAAAUUCACACAAAAUUGAACUACAAAUACUGUAAAUCACAGAGAAACGAGUGAAAACUCUUUAAGCUUGUAUACACGCCUUCAAUUAACGCAAUUUCACUUUGAUUCUACUUAAAUCUUGGCUUCUUAAGAUAAUAAAUAAAAUGCUUCAUUAUUGUUACCAUUAAAAAAUUUAAAGAAUUAUAUCAACAUAUAAAUAUUAUGGCUGCUUUCGCCGCAAAUUAUGAGAAGAUUUCCAUUAAAAAAGCCCGCUUGACCCAUGCGUGUUUAUCAAGAUUUUAUAAUUUCAAAAUAUUUGCUACGACUCGUAUAAAACAUAUCCCUUAAGAGCACUAGGUAGUGCAUGGGUCAGCGCCGCAUUUCAAAGCUAAAAUAAAUCGUCGUGUUAUAAAAAAAACUGCUUUGUUUAUCCGUCUUGAGAAUCAGUAGUGCAGUAGGACGCAUGAAUUAUAAUGAACACUUUUCCUACUCAUCUUUGAUUAAUAAUAAAAAAAUAAAAAAAUAUUUAAGCAGCAAGAUAAACAAAAAUCUUAAAUAGAUCAAGAGCGGUGACAUAUUGAAAACAAAAGCAAAAAGAUAUCGCACUUGAAGAGUCUGAAAAUUUUAAAAUUUUUUUUAGAAAAUUGUUUAUUUGUCUAAAUUGUUACAUCACAAAUUGAAAAUUAAAUAAUUAUCUGUCACAAUUCUAAUAUUAUUUAUUAUUAUUCAAAAAUUCUAAUAUUAAUUAUUAUUAUUCUCUUGUAUAGCCUGGAAAACUGGAAAUACUAUAAAAUAAUUAAUUAACGAAGGAUUUUAAACUCGCAUAGCACUCGCAUUAAUUAGUUUUUAUUAUUUUUUUUCUAUAAGAAAACAAAUUUUGUGACAAUAUUUACGCACUUUAACUUCAGACAAGGGAUUUCUCAGAUUUUUGCCUACGUUUCUCGCAAAAUGAAUUCGAACCUUGAGAGAAAUUCGCCGUGAUUGCUUAAUCACAAAAGGUGCGGAUUUUAUACAUCAAUCAGCAAAUUUCGUCUAUGUUCUCUCAAAAUUAAAACGAAAAAAAAAAUACUAAUGUGGGUCUGUAAGUAUUUUACUUUUUGGAGAUUUUCAGACUCUUUGAUUCUCUUUGUGCGACGGAGACCAUUUUCCAUGUAAUUUCAGCUUUCGCAGUAAAUAAUAAAAACCCCUAUUAUUUUCUACCGACAUCAAUAUUUCUCUUCUUUUCUUCCGGCCGCCGAAACACAAUUCCGCGCGGCUGAUGAGAAAAGUAUCGGUUACUCUGCGAAAUAAUUGCAGCGGAGGGACCAUAGAAAAGCUUCUACUUUUUACGUUUUCCUCAUUUCGCGGUGGAAUUAUAUGAACUUUCAGAGACCAAACACAAUAAACCUAAUGUCGAAUUGCGCUACGGAUUGAUUUGGCAGCCACAAACAUGGCCUCUCUCUGACAAAUAUAGCGACCACUCUUAGUUGUGUAUAAUCGAAGCAUGUAGACCAUAAUGCAGACCUAUCAAUAAAUCACAU